UCCUUUUUGGGAUUUUCCUUAUAAGAAGGGCGCCAAAUAAAAAAUACUCAAACCCUAAAAGUUUCGAUCAAUUUUGAAGAAAGUUGAAAAAAAGAGAAAUUGUUGAAUACAAUCAAUGGCGAAUCUUCCAAUCGUGCAGUUCGGGAAGAAGAUUUUAGAAACAGUGGAGCAGAAUCAAGUGGUGGUGUUGAUAGGAGAGACCGGUUCGGGAAAGAGCACUCACCUCUCUCAGAUGCUCUACCGCAAAGGGUAUACCGAUUCCGGUAUCGUGGCCGUCACUCAGCCACGUCGUGUGGCUGCCGUCUCUGUUUCCAGACGAGUUGUGCAGGAGCUUGAUGUUAGGCUUGGGGAAGAAGUAGGCUAUGCUAUUCGGUUUGAAGAUAGAACUUCCGAAAGAACAAAAAUCAAAUACCUUACUGAUGAAGUGCUUCUUCGAGAAAGCCUGUCAAAUCCAGAACUAAAUCAGUAUUCUGUUAUUAUUUUGGACGAGGCUCAUGAAAGGAGUCUGAACACGGAUAUUCUGCUGGGGUUGAUGAAAAGCUUAGUUAAAAGACGCACCUCCAAGUUUAAAGUGCUGAUAACAUCAGCAACACUUGAUGGUGAAAAAGUCUCGAAGUUCUUUUCAGAUUGUCCCUUGUUGACUGUCCCUGGAAAAUUAUUUCCUGUGGAAAUAUUCUACAGCAAGGAGCGUCCUAGAAGCUAUCUCGAGUCUUCCCUAAAAACAGCUCUGGAUAUACAUGUUCGGGAACCAGAGGGUGACAUCCUAAUAUUCAUGACUGGACAAGAUGAUAUAGAGAAGUUGGUAUCAAAGCUGGAGGAUAAAGUUCAAAGUCUAGAGGAAGGCUCCUGCAUGGAUGCAUUAAUCCUUCCUCUUCAUGGUUCAUUGCCACCUGAAAUGCAGGUGCGUGUAUUCACUCCACCCCCUCCAAACUGUAGGCGUUUUAUUGUUGCCACAAACAUAGCGGAAACUUCUUUGACAGUCGACGGUGUUGUGUAUGUUAUUGAUUCUGGUUACGUGAAGCAACGGCAAUACAACCCAGCAACUGAAAUGUAUUCCCUUGAUGUUGUUCAAAUUAGCAAGGUACAAGCUAAUCAACGUGCUGGACGAGCUGGAAGAACACGUCCUGGGAAGUGCUACCGUUUAUACCCAUCCAGUGUUUACAAUGAUGAAUUCCUGGAUGCAACUGUUCCUGAAAUACAGCGAUCUUCUCUCGCUGGCAGUGUUCUUUAUCUAAAGUCAUUGGAUCUCCCUGAUAUUGAUAUUCUGAAGUUUGAUUUUCUUGAUCCCCCUUCUACUGAGUCAUUAGAAGACGCUUUAAAGCAACUGUAUCUGAUUGAUGCCAUUGACGAAAAUGGAUCGAUAACAAGUAUAGGGCGAACAAUGGCUGAGCUCCCAUUGGAACCUUCACUUUCGAGAACUUUAAUUGAGGCAAAUGAAUUUGGUUGCUUAUCCCAGGCUCUGACUGUUGUAGCCAUGUUAUCAGUUGAAACAAAUUUGCUUCCCGGUCGAAGCAAGAAUAACGAGAAUAAAAGGAAGCACCCUCCAUUGGAACUUCCUGAUGGUUCUGGUUUUGGUGAUCACAUCCAACUGUUACAGAUCUAUGAAUGCUGGGAUGAAAAUGAUUACGAUAUUGGUUGGUGCAAGGAUUAUGAAUUACAGGUGCGAGGAAUGAUGUUUGUCAAAGAAGUUCGAAAGCAGCUGUGUCAGAUAAUGCAGAAGAUAGCAAAGGGAUCAUUUGAAGUGCGAUCAAAUCAAAGCCGGAAAAGAGAUAGUUAUAGGAAUUUGAGGAAGGCAUUGUCCAUUGGCUAUGCUAAUCAGCUUGCUGAGAGGAUGAGGAAUCAUAAUGGCUGAACACUGGGUUUUAAGCCGCAACUAGUGCAGGUGCAUCCUUCCUCUGUGCUAAAGCCAGAUGACGACGGAUUAUAUCCAAAUUAUGUUGUCUACCACGAACUUAUUGCUACCUCACGGCCAUAUAUGAGGAAUGUGUGUACCGUAGAGCGUCAAUGGGUGAUGCCCAUUUCAGAGAAACUUGAAAAACUCGAUGUAAGAAAAUUAAGUGGUGGAGGAUUGGGUCAUGUAGAAGAGGUAACCGAGGGAAACACGUCAGAAUUGCCAAAGAAGGGAGCUGACGUUAUAGCUCCGGAAGAGCGGGAAAGUAAAAUCCAGGCAGCAAGGGAACGUUUUCUUGCUCGCAAGGGAAAGAAAUGAAUUUGGGUACAACGGACUAGUGCAGGACCUUCCAACACUUAGAAUUGCUGAUGGGGAUGAGAAUCAUGUAUGCUCGUGAUUUCCAAGUUCCAGCUAUCUCUUCUUUCGAAAUUUACGAAUGGCAUGUGGACUUGAUGCUUAUACAGGCCUUUGGUAAGUGAGCUCGGCUACAGUAUGUGUCAGCCGGAGGCAAGCAACAUUCUAUUCCUCGACACAAAAGCGCACGGUUUGGAUAUGAUUCUAGAUCAACCUCGUAAUUUGAAUGUAUACACAGACGAAAGGAUAAAGACUACAUUUGCCCUGAACUUAUAGGUCAAGUUAACCAUUAUCCUUUCAUAUAUAGUUGUACUUUGUUAGGGUUUACCCCCU